AUGGAGUUAGCUAUCAUCAUGAGUUAGUUUCAAUAAGCUAUAUACUAAUUGUAAUGCGCAUUGCGUAAAAAUAAAGAAAACGAUAUUAUGAAAUCCAUGUUGAGGAUCAUAUUCGCUAAUGAUAUCUACGAAGUCGAUUAAGAAUAAGUCAAACACUUGGAGAAGACCUUCUAUUUGGACACUGAUACAGCUAGCAUUCUUUCAAUCUUAUUGAGCUCAUUUUAGACAAAUGGAUUCCCAGAAUUAGAAGAUUAUCUAAAUCUAUUGUUGUAUCGCAUAGAUUGUGGAAUUUGUUUAUUAGAAUGUCAUUCUUCCUAUUCUUCCAGUCCACUUCAAUUUUACUCGAAAUAUGAAGUAAAUGAAAGAAUACAAAAGGAAGAAUGCAUCAAAAAGAAAAUCAAAAAGUAAAAAAAGAAACGCUCAUCCAACCCAUCAAAUAAUGAUAAUUAAUGUAAUAAAAGAAAAGAUUGA